AGGAUUGGAGUCUGAAGACGCCCUGUGACAGUGAAGUCCAGUCAUGGCAAGGCAAAAGACAAAGAGGGUCUUCGUUCGGGCACUCUCAUGGGCGCCUUCCAAGAAUUGGACUAUCCACAGAAACGAAAAGAAACAGACGGAGUUCAUGGCGUUCUUGAGCUGAAAAGAGCUACAGAGCGAGCAUGAGAUGAGAUGGGAGCUGCUCAGAAUCACAACCUCGGACAUCCCUUCUCUCUCUACCCUUCAUAUCUUCCAUGCCCAUCUCGUCCUCAGAGGUUCUCUCUGAAGUCUCUGUUCAGGAACCAGAGAUCCGUCAAGAAGCAGAUAAGAAAUCUUGCUGGGAGAUGGAGUUUCCAUGUGAAAGAAAUGCUGAAGGCUGGAGAGUUGAGCAGAGAUGCCCUAGUUCAUGUGGUCAAAGAGGGUGAAACAUUAUCUUCCAUAUCAAAGCAAUAUGGAGUACCUAUCUAUAUGAUAGCAACUAUUAAUAGAGAUAUAGUUGAUCUCGAUGUUGUUUAUGAGGGACAGCACCUAAGAAUUCCCGCUCACCAUCGUUACACCCAGAAGACAGAGAGAAGUAGUUUGCUCAACUUCACUCUCAAUCCACAGCAAAUACAUAAGCGGGCAAUGAAUACCAUAAAUGGACUUUCAUUGCAGCAGCAGAACUUCACCUUGCUGAUCCCCCAAAAGUUACCACAUGCUAAAGCCACUGGUUAUUUUCUAGUUCUGGUCCCUCUUAUAGCAUUUUGCAUCAGAUGCGUAAUUGGCGUCUUUUGCACUAAAACCACUGGACCCUCCUUGAAAAAUCACCAUGAUGCCCACGAACCAGAACAACACCAUGAUGGCCCUUCUAGGAGUAUGAGAUGGAAAUCUGCACUUCUCGAACCUAAGGAACCUGAUACUGUGGACAUUGAGUCAGCAACAGACUUCAAUAACUCUGCAGAAGAUAACCAGACCGAGGUUUCUUUUGAGGAUAUUUCUGGUGGGUACAGGAAACUUGAAAUGGAUUAUCAGAAGUUCCUAUCCGAAUGUGGAAUUACCGAUUGCGGGUAUUGGCGAGGAGGCUCACCACCUGAAUGAACAAAGCAUUUGAUGUUUCCAUUUUUCCCUUUUUUCACUUACAGGGUGCUCUAGAGAAUAGAACAUUAUACUUCUAGCAAGUUGUGUGAUAGAGAUGCUUUAGUUAUUUCACGUCAAUUGAUAUCUGUGACAUUGUACAUCAAAGCUGUGUAGAAAAACCUCAAAUUUGUUUUUGUUUAUAGUUUUGGUUGCACCCUGAA